AUGUUUAGAAGCACUGUGUUCAGAAGAAAUCUUGCAACAACAUUCAGAUAUUCUCUAUCAAGACAGUUUUCAAGUCACCCUAUUCAACUUAAGAUGAGCCCACCUAACUGGAACCCUGAACUUACAGCAGAGCAAUUGUUAGUGCUUCGCGAUAAGCACACCGAAAGACCACAUACGGGUGCAUAUCUAAAUAACAACGAUUCGGGAAUCUACCAUUGCGCCAAUUGCGAUUCGCCAUUGUACAAGAGUGAUACGAAGUUCAACUCUCAAUGUGGAUGGCCAUCGUUUUACGAAGAAGUAUCAAAGGGUGCCAUCACAUACAACCGUGACAGCACCAUGGGCAUGGUACGGACGGAAAUCUGCUGUGCGAAAUGCGGCGGACAUUUGGGCCAUGUUUUCGAAGGCGAAGGCUGGCGUGAACGAUUGGGUCUGCCUCAGGAUGUCAGACACUGUGUGAAUAGUUUGUCAUUGAACUUCAAAAAAAAGGAUUGA